AUGCUCGCGGAGCACUACGGGAAGAAGGGCGAACACUGCCCUGAUGGAGGGGAAGCAAGGCAUUUUGGGAAGAGGGGAGGGCCAGGAGACGGGCCUCGCGAGGCAUUGUGGGAGGGUCCAAGCCGUCAGGAGCCGCUCGUUCUGGCUCUGAGCGGGCGGGAGGGGUACCCUAGGAUGGAGGAGGAAUUGGAAGCAGAGCCCGAGCCUGGGCGGGAGCUGGAGGGAGAGCCUGAGCUGGGGCGGGAGCAGGAGCUGAAGGCUGAUUCAGAACCAGAACCAGAACCAGAGCUAGAGCUGGAGCCAGAGCCUGGAGAGGAGCGAGGGCUCCAACCUGGGGCCGAGCUGGGGCCAGAGCUAGAUCUGGAGUUGGGGCCAGGGCUGGAUCUGGAGCUGGGGCCACAAUCGGAGGCUGAGCCCAAGCUGAGGCAGGCCCGCCCUGAGCCCUGGGGCCAAGAGGAGCGGGAGCUGCAGGACCGGGAGUUUUUCUCGUGGGCAGAGUUCAGCCGCUUCUUCGACGAGUGGUGCCAGCAGCGCCGGGCCCUCUUCUUCGUCAAGAGCUCCAUGCACCUGGCCAAGUGCCGCUGGGCCCUGGAUGCUCCGCUCCACUCCCGCAUCGAUGUCCUCAAAUAUAGCUACGUGCAGCUGGCCUGCAAGGAUGUGCGGGCCCCGGUGCCCAGGCGGCCUGGCAUGGCUGGGAGCCCCCAGCCAGGCUGCCCAGCCUUCAUCAUUCUGAAGCUCAGCCCACUUCGAGACCGCCUGGUGGUGACUGAGUGCCACCUGGCACAUUCACACCCGCCGUGCCCUUUGGAGUUUGCCUAUUAUUUCCGCCCUGGCCAUCUUCUUGCCAACGCCUGCCUUCCCAUCCGUACCACCAACAAGAUCUCCAAGCAGUUUGUGGCCCCUGAGGACAUCCACCGCCUCCUCUCCUACUGCAAGAGCCGGGACCAUGGUGUCCUCGAUGCCCUCCGAGUGCUGGAGGGGCUCUUCCAGGCUGAUCCUGAGGCCAAGGUGAAGCUGGUCUUUGUGGAAGACCAGGCCAUCGUGGAGACCGUGUUCUUCCUGACGUCCAGCAUGAUGGCGCUGCUCAGGCGUUACCCGCUCAUGCUCUUCUUCGACCGGCUACCCGGGCUGCAGGGCACCUUUGACCUGUCCACGGUGCUCUGCGUGGAUGACUUUGGCCAAGGCCGAGAGGUGGCCUGCUGCCUCACCCGCCAGACCAGCCCCAACCUUCUGCGCUUCACGCUGGCCUCGCUGGUGCAGAGCGUGCCGGAGAUCAAGGGCCGCGUGGGCUGCGUCACUGUGGGGCCCGAGGUGGGCACUCAGCUGGAGGCUGUGCGUGAGCUGCUGCCUGGGGCCCGUGUCCAGAUCUGCCGGGUCCAGGUGCUGGAGACGCUCUUCAGCAAGGCCCAGGAGCUGGGCGGUGCCGGGGAGGACCCGGGGCUGUGGCCGCUGCUGUGCCGCCUGGCUGGGGCGGCCUCGGCGGCUGCCUACAUGGAAGCCCUGGCCGAACUGCGCGCCACCUGCCCUGCUGCCUUUGUGGACUACUUUGAGCGGAGCUGGGCACCCCGCAGGGCCAUGUGGGUGCGCCUUUGGGCCUUUGAGACAGCCCGAAACGUGGAUGCCUGUGCCCUGGUGCGAGGCCACCGGCAGCGUCUGCUCCGCGGGCUCAGCCCCUCCCCCACGGUCGCCCAGUGCAUCCGAGACCUGGUGGCCCUGCAGCGGCGGGCCAGCGAUGACGAAGACGAAGUCAGAGGAGAAGGCCCAUCCAAGGCUCCUGUGUCGGGCCCUGGGGCAGGCCUGGAGAAUGGAGGCAGAAGGGGGGUGCAGUGGGGGGACAGAGGGGACAGGAGGACCCAGGUGAGAGAGGGAAGCAUACAGCUAGGAGACCCAGGGGACAGGGGAAGCCAGUUGGGGAGCACAGGUGAGUGGGGGAGACAUUUCGGGGAGCCGGAUGUACAGUUUGUGGCCAAAGGGGAUAAGGAGAUGCAGCCGGGGAACAGUGCUAUGGAGCUGAGAGACAGAGGGGUAUACCUGUGGGAGAGAAGUGUACAAUUGGGGGAUCGAGAGGAGAGGGCCAGGCAGCUGGGGGACAGAGGGGAGAGGGGGCUGCCUUUGUGGGAGAGAGGGGUACAGCUGGGGAGCAGGGGGGAGAGGAGGAUACAGCUAGGGGAGAGAGGGGCACACCUGGGGGACAGUGGGGAGAGAGGAUUCCAUUUGUGGGAGAGAGGCAUACAACUAGAGGACAGAGAAGACAGCAGGGGACCACUGGGAGAAAGGGAAGCACAGCCAAGGGACAGGGGGGCAGAGCUGGGGCAGGGAGGGGUUCAUUUGGAGGACAGAGGGGAGAGGGGGCAGCAUUUGUGGGAUGGAGGCCAAAUGAUGCAGCUGGGGGACAGAGAGGAGACGGGGGGCAUGCUGGGAGAGCUUCAGGGAAGGGGGAGACCAGCUGGGGCCACAGAAGACAGGGCAGGGGCCAGGAAGCGGCCCAGGAGCUCCUCGGAAGAGGAAGAUUGGGAGCUGCUGUCCAGGUUCCGGGCCGUGUGUGGGCCGGAGCUGGCUGGCCUGGUGGCUGAGGAGCUGACCUUUGCUCGGCAGCACGGGGUCAGGGGCUUUCGCUGGACUGGCACGGGCUACACUCUGCAGGAUGGGACCUCAGACUUCCUCCUAGACGCGGCCUUGACCCGCUGCAGCUGCUCCAUCCACGCUGCCCGACACCUCCCCUGCCGACACCUCUUUGCUGCCCGCCUCGUGGUGGGAGCUGCCUUGUUCCACAUGGACCUGCUCAGGGACAGCUGGGGAGGGGCCCCUGAGCCUUGAGCCUAGAACUGCUCCCCCCUGUCCACCCCCACCAGCAGGAUGCCGAGGUCCAGAUAGCAGGAAGCUCCCUUUCAAUCUCCCUUGGGGAAGGACAAGUGCUUGGAGAUCCCACAGCCCACCUGUCUGUGGAGGUCAAAGUGAUUUUGUCCUGAGCAGCUGUCCCAGAAUCCUCCCUUCCCUUCCUGUCCCCCAAGACAAAUGGGAUGGGUGAGAGCUAAGGGAUGGAGGCCGAAGGACAGAGGUGGUGGGGAGGAGAGAUGAUGUGUGUAAGGAGCCAGCUGGCCUUUAGCUGGAUCCCACAUGAGCUCGGCUCUCCUUCAGCAGCCCAGCCUGGGCCCAUGGCUGCUGGGCCUGCCCUGGAAGGGAGGAGAGAGCUUGGAAGGGGAUGACUCAUAGGCUUUGUUUGGCAAGGGGCCCCUUCCUGGGUUGUCUGUUGAGAAGCGAAGGCAGGGGUUUGCUCUCUGUUCCUUUUGAGAGGGGGCUUUGGCAUUCCCUCCAAUCCCAGGCAUUAUCCCAAAGCUCCUACUGGGUGGCAGGCAAGGAAAAGGGGAAAAAAUGGCUUCUUCUAGAGCUUAGGAUGCUACGUCACCCACACAGGUGAGUCUGAGUGAGCUCCAGGCCUUUGGGGAUGUGAGGUUCAAUCUUGGGAGCCGCAUCCCCUCCAGAUAUCGCUGGCUCCUAUUGGGAAAUCUCCCAUAGCUCCUUCCAUGGGUCUCCAUAAAUAUGGGUAAACGGGUUCCCAGGGCAAAGGCUCAAGGGAACCAAUGCUUUUCUAGAGGAAUUCUUAGUUGCUUCUCUUUGUGUCCUGAGACUAAGCUGUGGGGUAGUUGAUUCUGAGUAAGUCCCUCUUGUUGGACCUCAAUUUCCUCAUCUGUAAAAUUAGAGUUAAAGGAGAAGGCCCCUAAGGCCCCUUACAGCCCUAGAGAAUGGCUAGGAAAUAGGAUUGAGCUGUGUGGGCUGGGUCGCUUGGAAACUAGAGGACAGAGAUUUGGGGCUUUCCAGGGGUGGCAAACACCCAGCCUCGAGUUGGCAGGCAGUCUGGCUAACCCAAUAAAGGGGCUCUAUCAAUGGCAAGGGUUUCCUUUGAGUGGGAGUGGCUUGAAUUUGCCCCUCAGAACUCCCAGGCCAUUAUCCUAGGCUUUGGUGCUGGGAGUGACCCCGCUCAUUUCCUGAGCCCCAGAGAGGUUGUGACUACCAAAAGUAUUAAGCAGGGCCCACACAUCUUAACUUCAAAUCCAAUGGCCUUUUCACUGAAUCAGGGUAUCCCCUUAGAAAGGGCUGCAGGAAGGAAUUGAAGUGAUGCGACCUCGGAAGGGCAUCUGGGAACAUGGAAAAAGGUUUCGGCUUGGUCCCCAGACCCAUUUUCCUUGUGAUGCUUACUGAUCUCCAGUAAACUUCCUUGGGCCUCUCA